ACCUUGUCUUUUCAUACUGCCUCCCCCAGGCUGCCCAAUUUUCGAUAGACCUCAAUCAGAUAAACCUGCGCAACAUGGUUCGUCUUUUCCGUACAUAAUCGCUUCUGAAUCGCGUCUAUACCUCUUCUCCCAGGAGACUAAGGAUAAGCUGAAGAAAUUUCGUCUGGGCACAUCGAGGGCGAAGGAUGCGCAGGCAGUCAUAUGUAUGAUCUCAUGGCGGCUAUCGUGAACUGGCCUGAGGCUGAUGAACGCCGACGCCAGAAGACCAGAUCGAUAAGAAGACCCUCGAGAUCUCUCAGGACGAUGAGGAACAGACCUACACGGAUAUGACACAGUUGGGAGAGGACUUGCCCGACCAUGCGCCGAGAUUCGUCCUAUUGAGCUAUCCGUUGACAUUGGACUCAGGAAGGCUAAGCGUGCCAUAUGUUCUGUUAUACUACCUACCUGCGACGUGUAAUAGUGAACUGAAGAUGCUGUAUGCUGGCGCAAAGGAGUUAAUGAGGAAUACAGCGGAAGUCAACAGGAUCAUCGAAAUCGAUAGUGCAGAAGAUCUGGAAGAGAUUGAAGAGACGUUGAAAAACCAAUCUUGAAAGAGACUCCUCAAGCCAGAACUCGAGACUGCACAAUCGACAUAAGCACGGCGAAGAAAGGGUUUCGCCCAUACAAUGAUCUAGGAAUAUGGCCAGGUUACUGAGGGAGCCAUUUCGCACGAACUUACAUCUAAGCCCACAAGGUUGAUUUCCACAUGCUUGACAUGCCAAUACUAUAGACAUAACCAUUAUUCGACUCUAGUUCAGAUCUCAUUACUAAAACAUAUGUUGACCUACGACGGACGCAUGUGCCAAGUCCCAC